AUGGCUCUACCUGAGAAAGACGGAGCCAGCGGGCUGGCCCCAUUUAAUAGUCUCAGAACACUGCCUCGGCUUCAAAUUAUUGACGAAAACCAGGCUUUUACGAACGAGUUGCCCAAUUAUAUGAAAGACGAAUGGAAGCUCGCCGACUCUGGCUUCAAUUAUAAUUUGGUAGCGGUUUUUGGGUCACAGAGUACAGGGAAAAGUACCUUGCUUAAUCGCUUAUUUGGAACAAAUUUCGACGUGAUGAGUGAAGCAGCGCGUAGGCAAACGACGAAAGGUAUAUGGAUGAGUCGUGGAAAAGAUAUGAAUGUACUUAUAAUGGAUGUCGAAGGGACCGAUGGAAGAGAAAGAGGAGAAGAUCAGGAUUUCGAACGUAAAAGUGCUCUAUUCUCGAUGGCCACCUCCAAUGUCAUUAUUGUCAAUUUAUGGGAGCAUCAAGUUGGUCUAUACAAUGGCGCAAAUAUGGGUCUUCUCAAAACUGUGUUUGAGGUGAAUUUGCAACUGUUUCAAGCGGCUCGAGGCAAAGAAAAGACAUUGCUUUUAUUUGUGAUUAGAGAUCACGUUGGACAGACACCACUUUCCGAUUUAUCUAACACCUUAACAGCAGAUUUGGGAAGGAUCUGGCAAAAAGGUUUGGAAAAUUGUAAGAUAGACGAUUACUUUGAUUUCAUGUUCACAGCGUUACCUCACAAAGUACUGCUACCUGAUAAAUUUGAGCAAGAAGUGGUUAAACUUCGUGAUAGAUUUGUGAAUCAAAACAAUAAGGAUUACGUGUUCAACCCAAAUUACAGUAAACGUGUUCCAGCUGACGGGUUUCAUGUUUACGCUGAAGGAAUUUGGGAUCAAAUUAUGUCAAAUAAAGACUUGGACUUGCCGACACAGCAAGAACUGCUCGCUCAAUAUCGUUGUGAUGAAAUUGCAACGGUAGCCUUUGACGCCUUCAUGCAAAAAAUCAAAGGAUACAGACAGCCAAUCGAAGCUGGCAAAGUACUUGAAGAUUUAGGUCCACAGAUGGAGGAAAUUCGAAAUGCUACGAUAAAACAAUUCGAUAAAGAUGCCUCUCGUUACCACGCCGAAGUAUACAAACGGAAACGAACCGAAAUACUCAACAAGACCAAUUCUCAAUUACACGGUUUCUACCUUGGGCAACUAAAGAAUCUUACCAAAAGGGCUAUUACCAUUUUCAAAUCUAAAGUCCAAGAAGAUUUGAAGCGAGAAGAUUAUGAUUUUGCUCUAGUUGUGGAAAGCGCUCGUAACGAGGCUGAAGGGAUAUUCCUCAAAGGCGCUAAAGCUAUUGUUCUAUCUGAAACUGAUUGGAGCUUUGAGGAAGAACAACUACAGCUUUCCGAAGAGAUAAAUGAAAUUGCUUCGAAAUCACGCACAGAGGAAACGAAAAAGAUGAUCAAAGCAUUGGAGAAAUCAUUCCAAAGUCAACUUAAUGAGCAUCUUGGACUAUACCUAAAUAAACCUGGUCCCGAGAUGUGGGUGAAAGUCAUCACCAAAUUCAAGGAUAUGCUUGACAAUACCGAACAUAAAUUAUUGAAGCGUGCUAAAAGCUUCAAUUCCUCCGAAGAAGAAAACCAAACAUCCGUGGAUAAUUUACGGAAACGUUCUUGGCAGCUCUUGAGGAAAAAGAUCGAUGAAGAAGUGGCUGAUAACAUAUUUGAAGAGAAAUUUCGUUAUGACGACGAGGGUAUCCCCAAAGCGCUUAAUCUGAUCCCGUUAUUUGCUCAAAUCCAAAUUCCUGGAGAUGUCAAGCUAGAUAUUCCUUCAGAUAAUGAACUUGACUUCGACGAAUCAUUAAUAAUCCUUUCGGAAACACGACAACAUGAUUUGACUGUUCGUUUCAAACGCGAAUCAGAUGCCUUCUACUUAGAAGCAAAACGAUCUGUCGUAUCAACAACCGCGCAUAUACCAUAUUACGUAUAUCUCCUAAUUGUUGCUCUCGGAUGGAACGAAUUCCUAUCAAUCAUAACAUCACCCAUUUAUUUGGUGGCCUUUUGUUUCUUUGGAUUUAUCGGCUACGUGAUUUGGCUUCUAAAUUUAACUGGACCUGUAGAAAAUUUUGCGCGUAUGGUUGGCACAGAAGUGGUAAAGGUUGGACGAAACAAAAUAGUCGACGGGCUGGAAUCACGAGGGUAUACAGGAGUAGCGGAUAAAGUGGGUUCAGUUUUAGGUGAACCGCCGAAUAGAUUGAAGGAAAAGGAAAAGGAUCAGUAG